AUGGACCUGGGGAAACCAAUGAAAAGCGUGCUGGUGGUGGCUCUGCUUGUCAUUUUCCAGGUGUGCUUGUGCCAAGACGAGGUAACAGAUGAUUACAUCGGAGACAACACCACGGUGGACUACACGUUGUAUGAGUCUCUGUGCUUCAAGAAAGACGUGCGGAACUUUAAGGCCUGGUUCCUCCCGAUCAUGUACUCAGUCAUUUGCUUCGUGGGCCUACUGGGCAAUGGAUUGGUCGUGUUGACCUACAUCUAUUUCAAGAGGCUCAAGACCAUGACUGAUACCUACCUGCUCAACCUGGCCGUGGCAGACAUCCUCUUCCUCCUGACCCUGCCCUUCUGGGCCUACAGUGCAGCCAAGCCCUGGGCUUUUGGUGUCCACUUCUGCAAGCUCAUUUUUGGCAUCUACAAAAUGAGCUUCUUCAGCGGCAUGCUCCUACUUCUUUGCAUCAGCAUCGACCGCUAUGUGGCCAUUGUCCAGGCCGUCUCGGCCCACCGCCACCGCGCCCGUGUCCUUCUCAUCAGCAAGCUGUCCUGCGUGGGUAUCUGGAUGCUGGCCAUGGUGCUGUCCACCCCAGAAGUGCUGUACAGUGGCAUCCAGAAGAGCAGCAGCGAGCAAACGUGGCGGUGCUCCCUCAUCACUGAGCACGUGGAGGCCUUUAUCACCAUCCAGGUGGCCCAGAUGGUGAUAGGCUUUCUGGUGCCCCUGCUGGCCAUGAGCUUCUGCUACCUCGUCAUCAUCCGCACCCUGCUCCAGGCACGCAACUUUGAGCGCAACAAGGCCAUCAAGGUGAUCAUCGCCGUGGUUGUGGUCUUCAUAGUCUUCCAGCUGCCCUACAAUGGGGUGGUCCUGGCCCAGACGGUGGCCACCUUCAACAUCACCAGCAGCACCUGUGAGCUCAGCAAGCAGCUCAACAUCGCCUACGAUGUCACCUACAGCCUGGCCUGUGUCCGCUGCUGCGUCAACCCUUUCUUGUACGCUUUCAUCGGCGUCAAGUUCCGCAAUGACCUCUUCAAGCUCUUCAAGGACUUGGGCUGCCUCAGCCAGGAGCGGCUCCGGCAGUGGUCUUCCUGCAGGCACACCCGGCGUUCCUCCAUGAGUGUGGAGGCCGAGACCACCACCACCUUCUCCCCAUAG